AAUAGAUUCAGGUACGGUAUCCCUUUGCCUUUUAUUUGAUCCUAAUCGAUUAGCUAUCUCUUCAUGCAGUUUCCACGUAUGUUUUAUUUCCGACACAAGGAAAUAUUUAAAUAAAAGUCAUUCUGUAAUUGAGCAAAUUCAGAAACAGGGCGCCACGAAGCCCAUUGUGCUCUGCGAUGUGAAGAACAAGGAGAUGGUCUGUUGAGCAGAGGAACUCAUCUUCGGAACCGGGUUUCCGAUCGGAGACCAAGCGCUGCACCGUGCAGAGCCGGGCCCGGGUGGCGAAUGCAGCCGUAAGAAGUGUGCCAAUCCCGCGGAGAAAGUCAGGAAGCGAGGGGAGAGCCGACGAAAGCAGCAGCCGGUUGCAACGAAUCCCGGAAAGUUGGAAGCUGCUGUCAGGGCCGCGGUUUUCAUCCGGAUGUUUGAGCCCAGCCCUUGAGCAACCUCAUGAUCCGUCCUCCUGCAGCGUGGCUCCUAAUGCUGCAAGAUAAACCGCAUGUGGAAACAGAUCUCUGUAGGAAGUAUGACGCUGACCACUGCCAUGCAGAGACAGUCCUUUUUCAGUGUUCGAAGACUUGUAGCCAACUCAGCAUCAUGUCUCCCUGGUACUGUGUGCAGGUCUGAUAAAAAAUCCAAGCUACAGAAACACCUGCAGAAGCAGCUUGUGGACAGAGGAAGUGCUGUCAGUAUUCUCCAGGAUGCUGGUAUCCCAGUGCUGGGAAAGAUGACCAGGCAAGAGCUUGUCGAACUGAUAGCAACCAGUGUGGUAUACCAAGAAAAUCCUCUAAUUGGCAUUAAUAAACCUGCAGGAUUUUCCAUCACAGGUAAUGGUGGAGAUCUUUGUUUGACAUCACUACUUCCAGAUCUCCAGCAGCGGCUCCAGCUUUCUGAAGAGCUCCAUAUUGUAAAAGCAAGUCACAGAGACUAUUCUGGUCUGGUUCUGCUUUCUACUUGUCACCAAACCACCAAACUCAUUGAGGAUGCCUUUAUCCAGGCUCGCAGAAAAAAGGAACCAUUAAUGACUUACUGUGCAGUGACAGUGGGAGUUCCAGAACCUGAAGAGGGUGAGAUUAACAUUGCUCUGAAACAACAGUAUAUUGGCAAGCAGAAGCUGGUAGUUCCUGUGUUUCACCCUACUCAUGGAAACUUUCAGCGGAAAGAAGCAAAGAAAGCAGUUACACAGUACAAGGUUCUGGAUGCUGCAGCUGGUUGUGCUUUAGUACAGCUUCAGCCUCUUACAACCUUUGAGAGCUUGUUGGAAGUUCAUCUGAGUCUCAAACUCUGCACAGUUCUUGGGGAUCAUGUAUACUCUGCCCGCCUGGGCAAGGUUCUGGGAGUUCCCUUCUGCCUUCCUGUGGAAUCAGCAAUUCCUCAAACUCAGGUAUUGGAUGAAUUCGUACUGAGGAAACUACAUUUGAACCAAGAACAGAUGUGGAAAAUACCAAUUCACCUUCACUUACAAAGACUUACAAUCCCAGCAUUGAAAGCGAAGAAGUCAGAGACAGUCAUUACAGCUCCUCCCAUGGCUUACUUUAGCAGGACUCUCCAGCUCUUGGGUUUAGCUAUGAAUGAAUCUGCUGAUGAAAGUACAAGGAAAAGGAGGAAAUGAAGAACUACAGAACUCAAGGGGUUGUUUGAGCCACAACUCUGAGAUAAAAGGCAGACUUCUGUGUGGUUAUAGCAAAAACCAAGUUUUAGAGACUCAGUAGAUCAGGACCUAAUUGCAACAUGUAGAUAUGGUACAGAUCUCCAGGACAAUCAUAACAAUUAUUGCUC